AUGAAUUCAAGACUUGGCGUACGCGGGGCCCUCAGGGGCAUAGGGGUCCCCGUGGGAAAAGCCCUAGACCUUUCGGUUGCUGUAGCUUUCAAGAAAUCUGUCACGACGACCCGUGAACUUGCAGCUUUACAGGUGCAGCGGUGCCGUCGUUUCCAUGUGGACUCUUCUCAGACCUCUCCAGCCAUUGCUGGGAGCAAGGAGAACGACACUGCAACUUCCUCUGCAGGGACCACAACGAGCACACCCUCGCUGCGCAUUAGAGUUGAAUGGCCCGCAGACAUGUCUGAAAGAGCCCGCAGGAUUGCAUCCAACCACGAAUCUGGAAGCGCUGCUCCCAUGCAAGGGAGUCAGGCUACCAGCUCAAAAGAUUUAAGCACCUUCAUAUCAAAGAGUGAACUGGAGGAAGAACUCGAGGUGAACGACGCACGAGCCUUUUGGCGCCGCGUCAAGAGCGCCAUUUCGUGGCCACUGUCUACAGCAGCCACAAAUGCCCUUUCUGGGGCUGCUGAAGCUUCCAACGGUGCAGGUUCACCUCCCAUUUUGUACAAGCGGUACGUUGACGGGAUGACAGCAGCACACCAUUACCCUUCUCGCCUGCUUCCCCCCAACGAAUCCCAGCCGCUGCCACCUCUAUUCUUCGUCACUCCGUUUAGUCUUCAAGACAGCUUAGAUCAUUCUGCACAGGUCAGCAGACUGGGGUUUGGGAAAAUGCGAGGCCACAGGCCAAGCGUGACAGGAAUGCACCCAAAGACAGCGUUGGUUGAACGCCUCUACGGACACGUGUCGCUCUUGUUUCUCUUCGACGUGGGAGGCCAACAUUCCCAGAUAUCCGAUGUGGCCUCUUGGCUGCGCCUGUUGGAGCGCCAAAGCGGAUUCAUUUCAGCGGUGUACGGUUCUGCCUUCGUUCCUGCUGCUGCUGCUGCUGCAACGGCCGGCUCAGCGCAGCACGACCUCAUCGCUCAGCUGCGCCCGCGCAUAUACCCACGAGGUUCUUCCCAAGAUCCUGAGUUGGCCAGGAUCUCCUACAUCUGUAUUGACCAUGCCCCCAUAUGGCUCAGACGACUGGCUCUCCGGAGCAUGCAGCAUCUUUCACCCGCAUUCCACCCCUUGACUCCCUUCCACACAUUCCCGCAGCGUUUUCGCCAGGCUCGGUGCAUGCAGCAGGGGCCUCUGGGGCCCCAUAGAGCCCAAGAAGAGGAUGAAGUGAGACGGCUAGCGGAGGAAUACAGCCGGCUCGGGGCCCUUUUUGGCAGGGGAUCCACCAGUCGGGCCCUAGUGGGUUCUUUUUUGGGAUACAGCGGACGGUGGGGACGGGUAGAGACAGAAGCACUGAAGAGAAAACAAAGGCAGAAAUUCGUCACUGUUCUUCUGGCCGACAAAGCUGCGAGAGUCAGGUGGCAUUGCACAGGCCUUCCUACUGAGGAGGCGGUGCUCUUGCUUGUAUCAGGGCUUAAAAGCCUCUUAACAGAACAGCCGAACGCUGCCAAGGUCACCCCGCGGGCACAUGUGUAG